AUGUCAAACACUAGCUCUCAAGCACUUGGAUCGGCAGAUGAGUCUGGUUACGUCACUGCGCGCCCGAAAGUCAACUGCGACUCGAGCACCGAACCGACUGAAGAUCCGUCUACAGGAGCAGAGACUGGAGAGGAAGUGAGCAGCCAGGCACCGACUGAGGAAACUUCAGCCCCGCCGAUACCCGAGCCUUCGCGACAGCUGACGCCUCAGCCACCCCUUUAUGGACUAUACCACAGGAGGACAGCGAGAAAGAGCGCACCAAUGCCGAGAGAAGUGUUGAGGUUCGAGCGUCCAGAACCCGUGCCAGCACCUCCCGCACCAAGGAGUGAGCGUCUCGAGCCUAGUCAGCCUCGACCCCCAGUCAUAGGGACGCCUUAUAUGCGAGCACCCGGGAUGACAUGUCAGGAGCGACGCAGCAUGGAGGCCAUGGCCCGAGACCUGCAUGAUGCCCGUAGUAGGAUUGCUUAUCAUCAUCACAGCAUAGCCGACAUGUCAGACGUGGUGGAUGCGAUGUGUGGUUAUGCAUACUCCGCCCAAAGGACUGCAAUCAGAGCUAUGAUCACUAGCGCUAUCGCUGGAGGGCUAGCAUUGAUUCUGGCAGUGGCACUUGUCUGGGUGAUUGUGUUUUGGGGUUGA